GUUCCGCAUCAUCAUUCAAGCCUAUUGUUGGAAUAGAAAGAAAAUUGAAAAUUUUGCUUGCAACUUCAGAUUUGGAAAUAUUCAACUGUCUAGAAAGCUUAAAGUAAUAUGCAACCUAUCAGAAUGGUGACAACCUAAACAACUCCUGCUUAAUUCUUUUAGUUUUUGCUUUUUUUGGCGGUAAAUCUUAAUGGUUGCCGUUCAUGGUGUUUCUAGUUCGACACAUAUUGGCACAUGUAGCUUGUGAAUGCACCAAUUGGUUUGCUGAAUCUGUUGACCUGAAACAAAACAAAAAAGGAAAUUUAGGCACCCAGAGCUCUACAUCUGAUAUUCUUGACUAUUGAAUUAAAAAAAAAAGCUGUUACUGAACCAUCUUGAAGGACAAACUAGAGAGUACUUGAUACCAAUCUGUGAAAUGUUGUUCAGACGGGACUCUUUACUUCCGAUAUUGAUAAAAAAAAUUUGUUCUUCAUGGCACAUCAAGAUUUGGCCUGUUUAUUGUUUUUCAUGGACAAUUAUCGGGAUACCAAGGUUGGGUCUGAGGAUCAUAUCCACAUUUAAAAGAUUCAAGACCAGGAAUACCAAUGAUAGGUUGUUACAAUGUAAAUUCAGAGAUACCAGAAGAGGUGACUAAAGCACUUACAGGCUUCUUUAGCAGCGCUCCUAGUUUCUGCAGAAUGGUCGUUGACCCAAACCGACCUACAAGAUACAAGCUUAAAUUCACGAAUGGCUUGAGCAAUGAAGUUUUCACAAAGAAGGGCAUCUGUGCGGUAAAUGGAGACUCUCUCAAGAUAUCCCUUGAGGAGGACAACCAACAAGGGAACAAUAUACACCUUCUUUCUGCCAGAAUAAAAGUAGUUGUUCUUGACGGCGACUUCAACAGAGACGAUAAAGAAUACUGGACAUCGGAGGAUUUCAUCAGACAUAUUGUGCGUCCACGGGACAAAGUUGGGGCAGUGCUGACAGGAGAGCUGGAUCUUAGCCUCAAGAAUGGCGAGGCCAACCUCCGUGACGCUACUUUCAUCGAUAAUUCCAAGUUCACGAGGAGUGGUAAGUUCAGGCUAGGGGUAAUGGUUGUUGGCGAGCUCAGUGAACGAGUCCAGGAAGGCAUAACUGAGCCUUUCACGGUGAAAGAUCGCCGUGGAGAAGGAUCUAAAAAGCAUGUCACUCCAUCAUUGGAUGAUGAUUUAUGGCGCUUAAAGAAAAUUUCAAAGGAUGGUGUCUUGCAUGAGGCACUGAAAGGGAGUAGAAUCUUCUGUGUGAAAGACUUCUUGAGAUUUUAUUAUAAGGAUGAACACGCGCUGCGCAAAAUUCUCCACAAGGCCACAGAGUUAGGUUGGACGACAAUCAUUGAUCAUGCUAAGUUGUGUGAUCCUGGAAAGGAGAUAUACUCUUUCGCCGCGGAAGGCCAUAAUGCUAUCCUUUUCUUCAAUUCUUUCUAUCAGAUUGUUGGAGUGACACUGGGUGACUAUUACACCCCGUUUGAUGGUCUCAAUAAGACUUGGCAGGAACGGGUGAGACAAUGGAGCAAAGUUGCGUAUGAAAACCUGACUUGCCGUCAACCUGAUUAUGAAAUGGAUAAUGGCAAACCAAGAGCAGUCGACCAGGGUACCUACACUGGAUCAAGCAUACUGGAGCCUAAAUUUGUGGAAGGGCAUAUCAGUGAACAGAAUUUUUCAGAGAGAAUUGUCCAUGAAACCGAUCAUCAGCAAGGUACCGCUGGCAGUCAUUCCAAGCAGUGCACAUUAAAAAGGGUUGGAUCCAUUCGAGUGACGCAAAAUGAAGAUGAAGCAUCUUUUGACUUCAGCUUCUGCCUGGAUGCUGACACUGAACAACAUUGUGUGAACACUGCUGCAAAUGACAUAGCAGGUUCAGUGACACUCCAUUGCCCGACUACUGUUGCAAAAGAAAUAACAGGAUCAGUGUUAUUGAGGCAAGCAUCCUUGACAAUGGGCCAUGAUGCUUACGAUGUGCCUUUUGCAAAUAAUGAUCCUUCGGUCACUCAAUUCGAUGUAUCGUUUCCCGCUUUGAGCGCUUUAGCUGAUCUUCCUAUUUACUCGAGGCACAGCAGCUUUGUUGAGAGAGACUGUCAUGAGACGCUACUAUUGUCAGCAGAACCAGCUGUGUGAAGAAACACUGGCAAGGCAAUACCAUUGAUCAGUUCUUAAUAGAUUAUAGAGAACAUAGAGCUAUAGUUUACACUUACAUAGUUGAGUGGUGAUCGGUGACAUUGAACCUGUGGUAUGCUAUUUACUUGGCUGCUAAUAUUUUAUAUAUUCAUAAAAGAAGCUGUACAUGUCUGCAAGCAUACACAUUUUCGAGAAGAAGAAACAUAUCAUGUGCAAAUGCAACCUGAGUUUCUCAACCAA